AUGAGCCGGGAUACAAAUGGAUUCAGCGGAUCUCGACCGUCGAUCACACGAGCUGGCAAGACUCAGUACAAGCUUAUUGAAUACGUGGAAGACCUGGACAGGUACUGUCCCGGAGGAUAUCAUCCUUUGAAAGUUGGGGACGACUUGGAUGACGGCCGAUAUCGACUGGUUAACAAGCUUGGAUACGGAGGAUACUCGACUAUAUGGUUAGCCCGUGACAGACGAAGGACCAGAUACGUGGCAGUGAAGAUUCUCACCGCCGAGACCAGUUCGUACACACGUGAGGCUAGUCUUAUGCAUUCUCUUGGGAACUCGUCGUCUAGACCGGGUAGAGAAAUUAUUCCACCUCUCAUCGAUGAAUUCUGGGUUGCCGGCCAUAAUGGGAAGCACAAGUGCAUCGUCACCCCGCCCGCACAGAUGAGCUUGUUUGAUGCCAAAGAGGCCUCGACUUUCGGUCUUUUCCAGCCUAAGGUCGCGCAGUCAAUCAUCGCUCAGCUCAUUCGUGGGGUGGCCUUCCUACACAGUGAAGACAUUGUACAUGGCGACCUUCAUCUGGGUAACAUUCUUGUCCAGUUUCCUGAAUCGAUCGAUCGAUAUUCCACUUCAGAACUAUAUGAGAAAUUUGGAGAGCCAGAGUCAGAGGCCGUUGUUCGUCUUGAUGGCAUGGCACUGUCGAAUGGAAUACCUGCACAUGUCUUCAUUCCUGGUUGGUUUGGCGUCCACAGCGAUGAUAUUGUAUUUGGAGAAGAAAGAAUCGUCCUCAGCGAUUUUGGAGAAUCUUUCAACCCCCAUAAAACCCCCAGGUUUUCUUCGAAGACACUUCCUCUCUUUCAGCCCCCCGAGGCCCGAUUCUCCGAUAAGCCACUCUCAUUUCCCUCGGACAUUUGGACACUUGCCUGUACCAUUUGGGAGGUUUUUGGCCAGCGACCUUUAUUUGACGCCUUUCGCCCAACUGCUGAUCGUGUCACCGCGGAGCAAGUCGAAGUUCUUGGCAUUUUACCUCACGAGUGGUGGGAAAAUUGGCAAAGGAGACUUGAAUGGUUUAACGAAGAGGGAGAAUUGGAUCUGAAGCCAGAGACGUCUAGCGGCCACGAUGGCGUGCGCAGAACUUGGGACUUGAGGUUUGACUACUGCAUACAGGAGCCUCGGGCCGAGGCUGGCCUGGAGAUCGUGACGGAGAGGGAGAGGAAGGCAUUUGAGGCAAUGCUUCGCCCAAUGCUGACCUUCCGGCCGGGAGAGAGAGCGACAGCACAACAGGCACUGCAGUCAGAAUGGAUGAUAGGCUGGGGACAACCAGCCCUUGAAGAGAGUUGGAAUACUUUUCACUCCGUGAUGAAAGGAACAGGGAAAUAA